AUGACAGGAGUAACAAAGGAUGGUCUCAUUCGCCACUUCUUCCACAGGCCCUCCAAAGCCUACACCACAGGCAACCGGAAAAGAAGAAAAGUGAACACAAAUGAACUAGAAGGUGAGACUCGCUGGCACAAGACAGGCAAAACUAGACCCAUCUUUGAACACAAAAAAGUUAAGGGCCACAAGAAAAUAUUAGUUCUCUACACAAACUAUGGCAAGCUAAAAAAACCUGAAAAAACUAAUUGGGUCAUGCAUCAAUACCAUUUGGGUUCUGAUGAAGAAGAGAAGGAUGGAGAGCUCGUCGUGUCGAAGAUAUUCUAUCAGACGCAGCCGCGUCAGUGCGGCUCGAUCACAUUGAAGGACCAACUCAAGGAUGAAAAUGUUGCAGAUUGCUAUAAUUCAUCUGUUAUGUCUUACAACAUUAAUAGGGAGCAUGAUGGAGCUGAUCAUUUUAUGCAUGACUUUGGUUCAGACGCGAGCCGCGGUCUCAUGCUUGCGGUCGGCGUUUUGGUCGCGUAUGAAGGUUGUGUAUUACUCUACUGCCCUCACGAAAGAAGCCGCUCCUCGCUGCCCUCACGGAAGAUGCCCCUCACGAAAGAAGCAGCUCCCUCAUCGCGAUUCACUCCACUGUUCCCUCAUCACGAUUCACUCCGCUGCCCUUGCGGAAGAAGCCGCUCCCUCAUCGCAAUUCGAAAGCUCAGCCGCUCCCCCUUCUUUGGCAUUCCUUCACUUCGCGGUUGA